GUCUGCAUGAGUGGGACUGAGGUGGCCCCUUCGUGUCCUGGCGGAGUUAAGACAGGACCGAGCAAUGCUCUGAGCCAGCGGUUACACAACCCCCACAGAACUUUCCAGGAUCACUGGCUUCAUCUCAUUGAAAUUCAGGACUGGUUCUCCUGCUCCUGGCUUAAGUGCAGAUUUCUCUGGGCUUUUGUUCCUCUGAAUAUAGCACCUUGCUGGAAGCCCAAGGCAGGAUGACUCGGCAACAGCGGAGCCCCUCACCCAGAGACCAGCAGGCCUUGCCACCACCAGAAGCAAGUGAGGGACGUGUAGAAGGCAGACUUUACGUGGCGCCAUGACGCGGGAGGAGCAGUGCAGGGAGGAGCUCAGUUAUGACCGGAUGCCCACCCUGGAGCGGGGCAGGCCGGACGUGGGGAGCUACGCCCCAGACGCCAAGCCCGGUGACCUGCAGCUGUCGUCCAGGCUGCGCCCUUGCUUCAGUCACAAGACGUGGGUCUUCUCUGUGUUGAUGGGGACCUGCCUGUUUGUGACCUCGGGGUUCUCUCUGUACCUGGGAAACGUGUUUCCUUCCGACAUGGAUUACCUGCGCUGCGCUGCAGGCUCGUGCAUUCCCUCAGCGAUUGUGAGCUUCGCCGUUUCAAGGAGAAACGUCAAUGCGAUUCCCAACUUUCAGAUGUUAUUUGUUUCCACGUUUGCUGUCACCACCACGUGUUUAAUCUGGUUUGGUUGCAAACUUGUCCUGAACCCUUCAGCAAUAGAUAUCAAUUUCAACCUGAUUCUGCUCCUCCUGCUGGAGCUCCUCACGGCAGCCAUGGUGAUUGUCUCUGCACGGUCCAGCGAGGCGUCCUGCAAGCACAAGGGUUCCAUGUCUGACAGCACCAACACUUUGUAUGAAGUGACAUUUCCUACUCGGGUCCUGAAGUCCUACUCAGUCAUCGAGGUGAUUGCCGGUGUCUCCGCCGUCCUGGGUGGGGUCAUUGCUCUGAACGUGGAUGACACCAUCUCAGGCCCGCACCUCUCUGUGACGUUCUUCUGGAUCUUAGUCGCCUGUUUUCCAAGUGCCAUUGCCAGUCAUGUGACAGCAGAGUGUCCCAGCAAGUGUCUGGUGGAGGUGCUGAUCGCCAUCUGCAGCCUCACGUCCCCGCUGCUGUUCACGGCCGCCGGCUACCUGACGUUCAGUGUGGUGCGAGUCAUGGAGAUGUUUGAAGCUUACCCGCCAGCCAUCAAGCAAUCCUACGACGUGCUCCUGCUGCUCCUGCUGCUGGAGCUGCUGCUGCAGGCAAGCCUGCACGCGGGCACCGUCAUCCAGUGCGUGAGCUUCAUGGGCGCGUCCUGGGAUGCCACACAAGCCGGCACGCAGGAACACUUGGCUGGGCAGGUGACCAGAAGCCCCCUGAAGGAGUUUGACAAGGAGAAAGCCUGGAGAGCCGUCGUGGUGCAGAUGGCCCAGUGACAGCGGGAUGGGGACACCGUGGUGCGGGGCCCGCCGGCCCCGACAUAUGGAACGGCAGACACGCGUGUGCUGGCGCUGCCUGCUACUAACCCCUUCCCGUUUGCCAGGGCGGGCAGCAAGGUGGAGUUGCCACUGCCUGUGGUGGCUUGGUUUGCGAGGGUGGGCACUUCCUGUGGUGGUUUAGUUUGAAGCAGGCAAGGCUGACCCCCUCCUUUGUCGCCGGUCAGUCAGUUCAGGGCUCCCAGGGUGGCCUGACCGCACCGGCUGGAGAGGUAGGGGCUCGUGCUGGAGCUGGACUCCAAGCAUGAUGUGCAGGCAGCUCUCCUGUCCUCUCGGUGACCUGCUGCCAUAUCUGCCCCUCCUGGCUGUCCCACCCGUUUUUGUUGAGCACCUACUAUAUGCAGACAGUGCACACCCUGGCUCAGCCCGCGUGGCGCUUACCCAUUUCGGCAUUGCCCUUCUGAGAUGUGCCAGACGGGUCCCCCACUGGGGCACCGUCUCCUUGAUAAGACCGCUGGGCACUGUCUCCUUGACAAGAGCGGAGCCCAGCGCUCUGUCCUCUCUCCAGACCCCACAAAACUCAGCUGCCAGGAGCAUGGGCGCAGGGCAGCCCCACCCCACCACAUCUGCCGCGGGCCCACGCACUGCACAUCUGCCCUUUCCUUUUCUUACCCAGUCAUUGUGCGGGGACCCUGCCUGCUCAGGGGCACUGGCCUGUGUCCGGGCAGCUUGCCUGCUCUUGUCACGCGUCAUUUUGAGCUUCUCUGCCCUUUGUGAACAGCCACACGAACAUGCACCCCGUCUACCGUGCCGGCUGAGUGUUCUUUGGGGUGGGGACGCGUCCUACGCUUUGAAAAACUGCCUAGGCCACGUCUCUGUCUCCAUGGCCUCGGUGACAGCGUGACAUGGGCAAGGCUGAGCCGCUGCCUCCUGCCCCUUUGGGCUCUGCUCCCUCAGGCCAGGCCACUCCCAUUGCCUGUAAGACAGCCUGGGACUCCUCGUGGGUCCUCACUGGGCGUUUUCCAGCCCUCCCUCACCAUUGCCUAACAAGUAGUUUGUCUCCAUCCUCCCUGACCUGAGGUGUGACUCGUGCCAGGGGUAGCCUGCGUCUGUCACUGCCAAAUGUGAGAAUAACAUUGGCUUUGAUUAAUGCCAAGAAUUAGGCUGUAUGCCAUCUCUGUCCCCUGAGUACACCUGGCAUCUUCUAGAAGAACUGCUAGCAUCUCCCAGUUGACAUGGGUCCCAUAAAUCCCCAGUGAGCUGGGAGUACCUUCUCAAGUGGAGAUGUGACUGUCCUGGGAGUGGUCUUCAGGCCAGGGCUGCACCCUGGAGUGUCUCUGUUCCUUGUCUUCCAGUGUAAGGAGAUAAUCAGCCUCGUGAUGGAAGAGGCAAACGUCCGCUUUACUUAGUGCAGGUGUAUCAAUUGGGCCCUGUGGGCUGGUGAAGGGCCUGGGGCCACUAGAUCAAAGAGCCAGUAGCCCUGGAAGAAGGCUGGCUGGGUUGGCCAGGUGUGGACUGACGAGGGGGAUUCGAAGGUCCUCCUGCUUUGUCACUGCUGAGCACAGUGACUAGCUGCCAGGCUUGG